AGAUAUGAUAGUGCAAAUUGACUCCAAAGACAUGCAGCUAUACCAGAUUACCAGUCUAACCCCUACCAAGAAGGAUCAUCUUGUACGGUAAUCUUUGUAAUCACAUGAGGCCUUUGCAAAAAGAAGACCUUGAAGCAUGUUGUGCACUCGUUGUCCAGUAUCUCCAGACAGAAAGUAGUAGAGGAGCUUUCCUUGAGAAAACUGAUCACAUGCACAAGAAGGAUGUAAAGAAUGACAGGACUAUCUCUCCAUUAUUGCGAAACCAUCUGCUUGGCCAUGUAUCUUUCUUGAAAGAACGUGGGAUUUUGAAAGGCGGUGUUCCAGCAGGUUUUGCCAGCGCAUUGAUACUGAAUGAUGAAAUGAAAACUCAGCAGGAUCCAACUCAGACUUCAAGAAAUGAAAACGUUUUGGCCUCCAUUUCCACUUCAGAAUCUCAAAGCUCCUCUCUUUCAACGGGUGAAGGACCAGUCAAACCUACCCAUAAUAAAAACCAUAAACUAAAACCUCAAGACGACAGAAGCUCGUGUGAAGAUGAGAGCAGACAUGGAAAGUUUCUAGAGAAGAAACGUGUGGCAGGAAACUCAAAUGUUUUGCCAGAAAAUACAAAGGAGACAGAUCAUGAAGAAAAAGAGGAUGAUGAAGAUCUAAGUGAUAUAUCUGACAUUGAAAUACCUGGAUUAAUGCCUGCCAAUAUACAUUUUACAAGAAAACCAACAAGCAAGCAAAUCUCUGAGGCUUCCAUUUCCUCUAGCGAGUCAAGCCCCCAACACAGGUAA